AUGAGCUUCCAAGGACCGCUCUCGCCCAUCGCGGACCCGCUGUCGCUCGCGCGCCUCCAGGUGCUCCUCAUCCCCGUUCACCAUGGAGGAGCAGGCGUUGGCGCCCACACGGAUGCCGAUGGCAUAGCGUUCCCAGCUCUCACAGACGAGGUCUACGACUACUGGUCCAAAAUGUUCCACAAGGUCCAGACACUCCGCGGUGACGAGAUUGUGCACGACCGCUCCCGGCCCAACGACGUCCACGGCCCAAGUGUCCCAACGCACCGUCGAGGCAGCGCCGCCGAAACCCCUCGAAGCCGUUUCCUCCCCACCACCUCCUCCACGUCGCUCUCGCGUACAGCCAGUGCCAACUAUGUCCACCUCUCCUACCCUGCCCAGCCACCGGCCAAGCACCUCUACCCCCUCAGUCUCCUCCGCAUGAGCGCCUUCCCACUGGUCGUCAUUGGUGUUGCGGCAGACGACGGCGAGUACGAGGCUGAGGGCUACGAGAUUCCUGGCACAGGAGUAAAGCCCAAGGCCAGUCCCAGCCUGCGCAUCAAUAACAACUGGACACAGACGUUUGAGCGCACUCUGGCCGACUUUCUUCCUCCAACCGCCGCCUUCCCUCUUGUCAAGCGUCUUGUCCUCGUGCCCUCAACCACACCGACGUCUGGAUCCAGGACACCUGGCAGUGCCACCUUCAACAGCAGGUCGGCCUGGAUCCCAUCGCCUUUCACCUGCCGAGCCCCGCAUGACGGUGCCGAGGGCUGGGUCACCAAGCUCAUGGGCGAGGUGAUCGGCCAGGUCUUUGGAGAGCUUGGAGAGCUGGCUGCGUCACUCGAGUCUCCUGCUGGACUGCACACUCUUUCCGGCACCCUCCUGCCGUCUCUGUCGGCCACCAUGCCCCAGUCGGACGAGUACUCUGCUUCACCAGGCCCCAUGGAGGCCGAGGAACGGCUGAGGAGCCCUGCCGCCGGGUCGGGGUCUGGUCAUUCCACCCCUCGGCCACCUAGCAUGGUGCACUCACAGUCGCUUCCUGUGGUCCCAUUGGCAAGCAGAAGUCAAGGCUCUGUCCGCUCCCUCACACCGGGUGGUCGGCCAACUGCCAUCCAGGCCCCAUCUGCACCGCCAAUCCAGUCUGCAGCAAUCACCGCCGCCCAGCCUGCGUCCCCGGCGUCCUCCAACCCGUUCAGGCGUUCAGCUGCGCUCAUCAGCCGUUCGUCGUCUGCCUCGAGCGCGUCGGGGUCGCUGUCUUCGUCCCUCGCCAAGGACCCCACAGGUCUUGGCAAGUACACCACGGCAAUGCUCACCGGCAUUGCGGGCGGUCGCUUGCUCAAGCUUCUGGGCGACAUGUACCUCCUCACUGGCGUGUAUGCCGACGCCAUCAGGUGCUACGACGAGGGUGCUGAACGGUGUCGUGCGGUCGGCGAUGUGUUGUGGGAAGCUCUGGCUCGCGAGGGCCGUGCUGUCGCCGGUAUCGGCGAGGCAUGGGAAGGCCGUGAUGGAUCAACCAUUACCACACCAUUCCCAUUGUCGCCCAUUCCUGUCGAGAUCAUGUCCCACUACCUCUCGGCACUGGCGUGCUUGACCCGCGCCCCACUUCCCUUCCCUCCCACCAUCUUAUCUCCCACCCCUCAAAGCGGCGACGUCUCAAUCUCGAUCCCUGGAGUAUCCGCUGCUCAUCCAACCAACAUUGGCUCGGGUGAGGGUCUGCUGGCCUACCUCUACGCCACACUGUGUCUUCGCAUCAGCCACUUUGCCCUCUUCAUGUUCGCCGCUGGCGGCUGGGGUUCCAUCGCCGUGUCGUCGUUGAUCUCCUACUCGCUGCCUCGCUCGUUCCCUGCCCCCGUGGAAAACAAGGACGACGUUGCGGCAGCGAGGAGACGCAGGAUCGUCCUCGGCCAGCUCGCCUUAUCGUCGCAGCUGAGCCGGAGCACAAUUCUGGGUCACGCCGAGGCUGCCCUGGCCCCGUUCCGCCUCGCAAUGACCAAGGCAGAGCAGCUUGCGGUUCACGUCGAGGUCGUCUGGCUGGCACGAUGGCUGGAGAUGGAGCGCAAGGAGGCCCGCGUCACUCGCGAGAUUAUCAAGCUCGUUUCGAGCGUUGUCGUUGAAGGAAGGGAAGAGCACACCAGGUGGAUGUCUCGUGUCAACAGUGGCCUUGGGUUGGGUGUCCCCAUUGGGCGGUCUGAUCCCCAGGUAAUGUCCCACUCGGUGGCAUUCCGCCGCAAGGAAGUUACAGAAGGCAACGCCGGCGUCAUGGACCUUAUCCAGCGCGUGUGCGCUGCCCUCGGCGUGGAGAUUCUUCCCCUAGGUGUCGACGCCGUCACCGUACCCGGCAUCCAGGGCUCAAACGAGCUCAACGAGCCGCGCUUCGGAUGGGCCGACUUGCAGGUUGAGACUUUGAAGGAAGCCAUUGCUGUGGCCGAGAAUCUCCCAGACCACCCAAGUGUUGUCAGACUCUGCCUCUCUGCGCUUCACUCGCUGUACACCUACCUUAGCCCCGCCAACCAGAGCUACCUGGCAAAGCUCUAUCCCCAGGCGUUGUCCACCAUUCGCCGCCGUGCCAUCGAGUUUAACGGUAUCCCAUGGUGGCUCCCGGGACGCCUGGUGCUCAGCGUCGAGGUCUCAAGCCUUCCUGUUAACAGGGUGCCUUUUGAGCAUGCGCAGGAUGAGAUCAGCUCGCCGGCACAGGGACGUAAAGACCCAUUCCUUUACAACCCUCGCGUCAAGUCGCCCGAGGCAGGCAAGACUGUUCUGGUCGCGAACGAACAGGUCGACGUGUUUGUUACACUCCAGAACGUGUUCGCCUUUGACCUCGACAUUCAGGACCUGUCCCUUCUGACCUCUGGCGCUCCCUUCAUCACGACUCCCCUGCCUCUCAUCUUGCCCGCAUCGUCGGUCCAGACCGUGAGGGUCACUGGUAUCGCCCCCAACGCCGGUUCGCUCGAGAUCCGCGGCGUCAACGUCCGGCUUGUGGACGGCUCGACUGCCGAGUUCCUGCUGCCCGUUGUCGACAGUGCCGAGCAGAAGCGUGACAGCAAGCGCCGUAGCAGGUUACUUGCAGAGACCGCCAAGACGAAGCGCCAGGGUCUCCAGGCGCGCAAGUCGGUGCAGUACCCCACCGGCGAGGCGCCCAAGUCGUCCAACGCUCCCAGCCACCGCUGGCUCCAGUGCCAGGUUGUCGAGGAGCAGCCUCUGUUGUGGAUCAAGAGGACAUCCCUCACCCACGGUACAGUCAUGCUGUACAAUGGUGAAACCUCCACGAUCCGCAUCACCCUCGAGAACACAUCGCAGGUGCCUGUCGACUUUGUCAAGCUCUCGUUUGAGGACUCGGUCACUCGCGAGGCGCAGGCCAUUCUUGCCGAGGGCGAGGUGUCACCAGAGCAAGCGUAUGAGCUCGACUUUGACUCGCUCAACCGUCCAGUGUUUACUUGGGACAACAGCGCCGAGCUGUCCAUUCCUGCUGGUGGUCGCACGACCAUCUCCGUCCAGUGUCUGGGCAAGGUUGGAUGCACCGACGCGCUGAUCCGCAUCGACUAUGGUUACGUCAAGCGCGACGCGUCUGGAGUGGCCAAGACGUUCCACACCCGCCAACUGGCAUUCCCCGUCCUGUUCACUGUCUACCACACCCUCGAAUGCUACUCGGUCGACCUGGCCUCUAUUCGCCCGUCCGAGUCGCACAAGAAGGCGACCGAGAAGAUUGCAAAGGACGGCAUCCCGCGUUCGCGCUCGGGCACCUUUGCCGCCUCGGCCGACGACGAGCUGCGUUCGGCCCUUGCACAGAGCGAUGAACGCAACGUCCUGUUCUGCAUGAACGUGCGCAACCAGUACAGCGUGCCGUUCGAGGUCGCCUUGGCUACCAAGCAGGAGGGCGAGCUGGGUGCCAGCGGCAAUUCGCUGGUUGUCACACGCUUGGUUCCGCCAGGUGCCACUGAGAGACUGGUCCUGCCCAUCCAGCGCCAGUCGCUCACCCAGGAAGAGAGGGCGCGCCCCAUCCCGGCCCUGUCUGGCCGUCAAUACGUCGUGCAAAAGGAGAAGAAGACCGCAGACGAGCAACAGCGUCUGCGGGAACUGUUCUGGUUCAGGGAACGUCUCCACAGCAUGGUCGAGGUGUCAUGGCGCGAGCCGGGCUCGCUCCGGUCCGGCCACCUCUCGCUGCGCGACCAGCAGCUCACGCCGACGCAGCUCGAGUCGUUCCGCCUCGACGAGCUGGCCAUCACUCUCGCCGUCGAGCCGCGCGAUGGCCAGACAGCCCUGUCCGCCAUGGACUUUGUCGACCUGCGCAUCACCGUCGCCAACAAUCUCGAACGUGAGAUCCGCCCCUACGUCCGGCUCGAGGCACUGCCCACAAACGCGUCUGACGGGUCCUGGUCGUCGCCGGCCGCCACGGCGCCGCGCCGCGUGAGCUCGCUGCCCGCCGCGCCUGUCCGCGUGCCCAAGACGGUGGCAUUCGACGGCGUGCUGGCCGCCACGCUGCCGAUGCUCGCGCCAGGAGACACCGCGAGCCACACUGUCGGCGCCGCGCUCCUCGCGUCGGGCAUGUACACGUUCCGCGCCGCCGCCGAGGAGGUCACGUCCGUGGAACCUGCCUCGGCUUCCUUUGCCGCCUUUGCCGCGCUCCCGCCCACGGUGCGCUUUUCGCAUUCCGUGUCGGUUGACGUGGCGUAG